UAAAUUUUUUUCGACUGGACGCCAGUCUGCUAUGCGUUGGCGCGGUGGGUCCACGCGCGUACUCCGUCGAACCGGUCCCAAACACGAUACUUUCCAAACAGGUUAAUAAAAGUAAUUAAAACAUUAACAAUAAUUGUGAACAGUGAAUUUAAAGGACCUUUGGAUUAUUGUACGGCAAGUAAAAUGAACAUUAUAUGGAGUUGCCUGACAAUAUUAGCUGUUUCAUUGACGUGCGUUAGCGGCCACGGGCGACUGAUUGAACCGCCAUCGAGGGCAUCAGCAUGGCGUUAUGGUUUCGACACCCCACACAACUACAAUGAUCACGAACUCUACUGCGGUGGAUUCUCCAGACAAUGGAAUAAGAAUGACGGCAAGUGUGGAGUCUGUGGCGAUGCUUGGGACGCACCGAGUCCACGCCCGCACGAAUUCGGAGGAAGGUUUUACAAAGGUGUCAUCGUCCGCAAAUAUGCCCCAAAAGACACCGUCACAAUCAAAGUCGAAUUGACGGCCAAUCACAACGGUUACUUCGAGUUCAGAGUCUGCGACGAAUACAAAGGCACAACUCAGGAAUGUUUGGACAAGAACGUUUUAAAAAUCGAUGGAAAGGACGGUACAAAAUUCUAUCCCAAAGACGGAAACAGAGUUUACGAAAUGAAGUACAGAUUGCCUGAAGAUCUAGAAUGCUCGCAUUGCGUUAUGCAAUGGCGAUACAUCGCUGGAAACAACUGGGGAAGCUGCGAGAACGGAACAGAAGCUGUGGGCUGUGGACCGCAAGAAGAAUUCAGAGCGUGUGCAGAUAUCGCGAUAGGCGAGAAAUUCGCGACCACCACAAGAAGGCCGAGACCUUCGUACGUGCCUCCAAGCAGGAAACCGCCGACUGUACCAACGCCGGAAGAAACCUCGGGAACCGCUUGGUACGGAGUUAUGGUUGCGAUUGCUGCCCUGUUCAUCGCGGUGGCCGUGCUCGCUGGCAUUUACCUGUACUAUUAUCGCGGUGGCAUGAGAAUAAAGAACCUUUUGAAGUCAAAGGUCCCACCUCCUGCACCAGUUCCACCUCCGAGACAUAAAAGAGCCUCGCUUUCUAGAUCACAACCGCCCGAAUUAAGGCCGUCGAAAGUAGCCACUAUCCCCGAUUCAGGAUUCGAAACUGUUGACUUGAGGUCUAAGUAGGCUAAAUGAGGCUUAGGUUAAGUUGACUGUAACAACCUACCACUGCCUUUAGUGAUAUUUUUACAAGUAGAUAUAAGUAGGUAGGUACGUCUGAGAGUGGAUGAUGUAAUUAAUAUGAAUGUGAGAUUGAUAUCAAUGGAGAAUUCAUUGGUUUUUACUUGAAUUUUAUUUAAAAACUUAAAUAAAAACAUCUGUAAAUUAAUAUUAUUUAUGUUAAUAAAUUGUAAUGUUA